AUGGCCGCAAAAGAUUCCCAAACAUCCAGCGGCAGCAGCCCAAGAGUCGCAUACCUAACCCUCUACAACACACUCUUCGCAGCACUAUGGGCAUCCAUCCUCUUCAACGUCAUCUCAACCGUCUUGUCCGAGGGCACACUCGCCGUCUACGCUGCCGCCGAACCUCGCUCGCGAUGGGUGCAGACUCUCACCCUCAUUGAAGUGGUUCAUUCUGCCGUGGGCCUCGUCAAAUCCCCCGUCGGCACAACAGCCCUCCAAGUCGUCGCCCGCACAAUCAUAGUCUGGAUGGUCUGCUACAGCUUCCCCGCCACCACAGCCUCCUCCACGGCCUACCUGACCCUCCUACUCUCGUGGGCGACGGCCGAUACCGUGCGCUACGCCUACCUAGCUCUGAAUCUCCACGGCAAGGCGUCCGAUGCCCUCGUCUGGGUGCGGUACACCAUGUUUUACCCCCUUUACCCCAUCGGCAUCGCCUCCGAAUUCUGGCUGCUGUACUUAGCCAUCGAGCCCGCUUCGCGCAUCAGCGCGUUUAUCCCGCCGGUGUUCUACUUUUGCUUGUUGCUGUAUAUCCCUGGAUCAUACACCAUGUACACCUACAUGAUCAAGCAGCGCAAGAAGACUCUCGCAAAGACGAGGAAGGCGCAGUAG